AUGUCCCAGUCCACCACAAGAGCCUCAUCGGCUCCCCGGGCCUCGGCCUCAGGCCUUACUCGCGUCUACCUCCUCGCCUACAAUGCCAUCAGCUUCUGUCUCUGGGCCACCUGCGUCAUCCGUGGCGCAAUGCUAGUAUUCUCGCUCGCGCCCAACGGCCACCUCCCCGCCAUCUUCCACCACAUCUACUCCCCGCUGCUCACAACGACCCAGACGCUCGCGGGCCUGGAGAUCCUGCACAGUCUGCUGGGCAUUGUGCGCGCCCCCGUCAUGACAACCGCCAUGCAGGUCGCCAGCCGCCUGCUCCUGGUCUGGGGCGUGAUGUAUCUCUUCCACGACCGCGGGGACGGGCACGGCGGCAUCGUCGGCGGAGACUUCCACGAGGCAUUGCCGUAUGGACCUGGCGCCAAGGUCGGCGAUUAUGCGUUCCUGGGAUGUCUGGGAGCGUGGGGCGUCACCGAGUGUAUCCGGUAUGGGUUUUUUGCGUUGCAGGUUUGGGGUAGUGGUGUCCCGAGUUGGUGGACUUGGUUGAGGUACAAUACCUUCUAUGUGCUAUAUCCAAUUGGUAUCAGCAGCGAGUGCAUCAUGGUUUGGAAGGCGCUCAAGCCCGCUGCUGAAUGGAAUCCUCUUUACUGGUGGUUCUUGGUGGUGGUCCUUGUCAUCUAUGUUCCCGGCUCAUACAUUCUCUACACGCACAUGAUUGCGCAGAGGCGCAAGGUUAUGAAGAAGAAGGGAAGAGCCGAGUAA